AUGAGGCUCAAAGACCGCAGCUCUAAACUACCGGAACCUACCGCAGUCAGCGACAGCCCUGGAAGGCCCAUUACCGACCAAACUCGUCGACCCCAGCAUCAAGCCGCUUCCGGUCCCAGUCACAAGCGCAGCCUCAGUCCACAACCCAAAAUCCAAGUCGGCCUGUGGAUAUCCCUAACAUCGUUGUGGCGGAAGACCCUUCGCCAAGGCCAAGAGCGCAAACGAGCGCGAGCGUCCCGUCGAUCUCGAUAG